AUGGAAAAAGAAGAUUUUGGAUUUGAAUAUGACUUAUUGUUUAAACUAGUGUUAAUUGGUGAUUCAGGCGUAGGUAAAUCCAAUUUGUUAUCUCGUUUCACAUCUAAUGAAUUUGAUAUGAACUCUAAAUCAACCAUUGGUGUAGAGUUCGCUAAUAGAACCAUUGAAGUUGAUGGUAAGAAGAUUAAAGCACAGAUCUGGGAUACCGCUGGUCAAGAAAGAUAUAGAGCUAUUACUAGUGCUUAUUAUCGUGGUGCUUUGGGUGCUUUGGUAGUUUACGAUAUUACAAAAUCUAGUUCAUAUGAAAAUUGUCGUGACUGGUUGAGGGAAUUAAAGGAAAAUGCGGAUGAGAACAUUGUUAUUGGUUUGAUUGGGAAUAAGUCAGAUUUGGGUCAUUUAAGGGCCAUCCCAACGGAAGAAGCCCGUAAUUUUGCUAGAGAAAACCAAUUGUUAUUUACUGAGACUAGUGCUUUAGAUAACACUAAUGUCGAUAAAGCUUUCGAAGAAUUAAUUACUGCUAUUUACCAAAUUGUCAGCAAGCAUCAAGCAGAUCUGUCUGUUGGUUAUAACCCUGAUGCAGGAAAUAUAAAUAAUGGUAAUAAUAGUACGGCGAAUCCAAAAGGGCCUACAAUUUCACUAACACCAGCACCAGGUAAAGAUGUUAAAUCUAGUAAUAGUAGUAGUGGCGGUAACUGUUGUUAA